AUGCUGAGAAACGUUUUCAAACGAACCAUGGCAGAUUCAAGACCACAACAAUUGAUUGCUCGCUUUAACGCUGUGAACGAAGAGGUGUUGAACUAUGCCACUCAAGUUGGCAACAAUAACGUCUCUUUACUGGCAGUUUCGAAACUCAAACCGGCUAGCGAUGUUCAGAUCCUGUAUGACCAUUCUGUUCGAAGUUUUGGUGAAAAUUACGUCCAGGAACUGGUGCAAAAGGCUUCAGUUUUGCCAAAGGACAUCAAGUGGCAUUUCAUCGGCGGGCUUCAAACCAACAAAUGCAAGGACCUUGCUAAAAUUCCCAACUUGUUUGCGGUAGAAACUAUAGACUCGCUAAAGAAGGCCAUAAAACUAAACGAAGCUCGCGCUAAAUUCAACCCGGACGCUGACAAGAUCCGAUGCUACGUGCAAAUCAAUACUUCUGGGGAAUCUCAGAAAUCUGGACUUUUGGCUGAAGAUGAGAUAUUUGAGACAGUGAAGUUCCUACUAUCGGAUGAAGCUGCUCAUCUCGAGUUGAGUGGUUUGAUGACGAUAGGAUCGUGGGAAGUAUCGCAUGCUGCUUCCGAAAAAAAUCACGACUUCGAAGUCUUGGCUCAAUGGAAAGCACAACUUGAUGCCAAGUUUGGAAUUGAUCUGAAACUAUCAAUGGGCAUGAGUUCCGACUUCAAACAGGCCAUUAACCAGGGUACCUCCCAAGUCAGGGUUGGCACCGAUAUUUUCGGUAGCAGACCUACGAAAAGUUGA